GUCAAAGAGUCUUUACAAUUACCCAUGACUCUCCUGAAACGUAUGACCUGUCUCUGGCCUUGGCGUGUAGCGCGGUGCUGCUAGUUGUGUGCCGGGUGUAGGACUGAAUAACGUGAUCUAGCUAGUAUUCCUGACCGAGAAGUCUGCUAGUAAACUGGGAACCGUUACAUCGGAGCUGAGCCACAAUGCUGAAAUGUAGAACUGUAUGGAAAAAGCUUGCACCACUUGCUAGAGCUUCCUCAACUGUGUGCCGACAGAAUGUGAGAAGAACAGGGUUAAACAAUAGCAGAAUACCAGCAUGUGUACCUGUGGCUCACAUGUCCACCGGGCCUGCAGGGGGAGGCAGGGAAAACCAGCUGUACAUCCUUCUGGUUGGAGCAGCCUGCGUUGGUGGUGCAAUAUAUACAUACCGAACUGUCAAGGGAGACAGCCAAAGAUAUCAAGACCGUAUUGAUGAAAUUUCAUCCAGACCAUAUAAAAGAGCCACAGAAGAACCAGCCACCCUCAUCCAGUCAGAGCCUCCUGUCAUCCCAGAGCCAGAACCUGAAGCAGCACCGUCACCAGAACCUCAAGCAGCACCUUCACCAGAAGAGCCAAGCCCCCCGGCCCCUGAUGCUGAAGUAGUGGCUCCCAUUGAAACAACUGAACCACCCCCAGCAGAUGAGCCAGUAGUAGAAGCAUCCCCAGAAGAGUCAGCAGAACCACCUGCUGCUCCUGUAGUUGAGGAGGAACCAUCACCCCCUUCUGAGCCGUCCCCAGCUGAGCUUACAGAGCCGCCCCCUGCACCUGUUGUGGAGAGUGAACCUGCAGCAGCAGAAAGCCCCGCAGCAGAGCCAACCGAGCCUCAACCUGAAGUUGUGGCAGAGAGUGGUGGCCCAGCACCUGCCUCUCUCAAGGUCCCCUCGCACACCCCCUACCUCCUUAUUGGUGGAGGUACCGCCUCUUUCGCUGCUGCCCGGUCUAUUCGAGCCAGAGACCCCGGUGCCAAGGUAUUGAUUGUGACUGAUGAGCCAGACCCUCCAUACAUGAGACCACCUCUCUCUAAGGAACUGUGGUUCUCUAAUGACCCCACUGUAACGGAAACACUGCGUUUCAAACAGUGGAAUGGAAAGGAAAGGAGUAUCUACUUCCAGCCACCUUCAUUCUACAUUAAUGCAGAAGAAUUGGAUGGUGCAGAAAAUGGUGGCGUGGCAGUUCUCACCGGCAAAAAGGUGGUUCACAUGGAUGUGAGAGGAAACAAAAUAAAACUGGACGAUGAUACCGAGAUUUCAUAUGACAAGUGUUUGAUUGCUACAGGUGGUGUGCCAAGGAAUCUACAGGUCAUUGAAAGAGCAGGAGAGGAGGUGAUGAAGAAGACAACGUUGUUCCGCAAGAUCGAGGACUUCAAAUCAUUGGAUAAGGUCUCCAGAAACAUCAAGUCCAUCACAAUCAUUGGAGGCGGCUUCUUGGGCAGCGAGCUGGCCUGUGCCCUCGGGAGGAGAUCAACGGAGUAUGACCUGGAGGUGGUACAGAUGUUCCCUGAGAAGGGCAACAUGGGAAAAGUGUUGCCUGAGUAUCUGAGCAACUGGACAACAGAAAAAGUCAAGAGUGAGGGUGUGAAAGUCAUAUCCGAAGCUUUGGUGAAAUCUGUGGUCUGCAAAGAUGAUAAGUUAGAAAUCAAGCUGAAGGACGGCCGAUUGGUGAAAACCGACCACAUUGUUGCAGCUGUUGGCCUGGAGCCCAAUGUUGACCUUGCUAAGUCAGCAGGUCUGGAGGUGGACUCUGACUUUGGUGGCUUUCGGGUCAAUGCAGAGCUGCAAGCUAGAUCCAAUAUUUGGGUGGCAGGAGAUGCUGCCUGUUUCUAUGACAUCAGACUGGGCCGCAGACGAGUGGAGCACCACGAUCAUGCCGUUGUAAGUGGAAGACUAGCAGGAGAGAAUAUGACCGGAGCCAACAAACCCUACUGGCAUCAGUCUAUGUUCUGGAGUGACCUGGGUCCAGAUGUAGGCUAUGAGGCGAUUGGGAUUGUUGACAGCAGCCUACCAACAGUAGGAGUGUUUGCCAAAGCCACUGCCAAAGAUACACCUAAAGCUGCUACCGAGAAGUCAGGAACUGGGAUCCGCUCAGAAAGUGAAACGGAGGACACAGCUAUUAGCCCAAUGGCCUCUUUAACGCCUGCUCCCACGGUUGAGCAGCACAAAGACGAGUAUGGAAAAGGAGUCAUCUUCUAUCUGAGAGACAAAGUAGUGGUGGGCAUUAUCCUGUGGAAUGUGUUUAACAGGAUGCCAAUCGCAAGGAAGAUAAUAAAGGAUGGAGAGGAACACGCAGAUCUGAACGAAGUGGCCAAACUGUUCAACAUCCAUGAUGAUUAAAGAUGGUGGAGGCCGGCACUCAUUGUGGGAGAGGAGUUAAUCUUCAUGUGAUGUCUGAACUUUGGCAGCCAUUGCCACACUCUUGACGACAAAACUGAUCAUACAUACAAAGAAGUAGGAUUCAUGUAAAUUAUCUCAUGUCGCUGAAAUAUUUUUCAUGUUUGGAAUUUGUAUCUGCUGCACCGGUUUUGUUUGUUUUGUUUUCUUUUUCUAUCCAGGACAAAUCAUUUUCUCAUUUUCCACCAAACCUAUUGCUCAUGUUUUUGAAAAUCAUGUUCAAGAUGUGAUUGUGCUUUCCCUUCACCAGGCUAAAAAUGCUGAGCAUGGAUUAUUGUUUUCCUCUGUGUGAUCGGAGCAGCUUGUCGUGAGAGAAGCUGCAAUAAAAGCUAUUUUUCAAUUGGA